AUGUCAGGCUCGAUUCAGAAAAACGUGAUGUUGGCUUCCAAGGUCUCGUCCAUGCUCGGCCUGCGCCGCGCCGCAGCGGCCUCCCCGCCCUUGACCAGGCCGAUCGUAGGUAUGGUCUGGCAACAACAAGCUCGAACGCAGAUGACGAAGCCCGGUACGAUACAACUCAAAGUCAACAAGCCCGCAGAUGGCCUGAGGGAGCUUGAGCGUCAACGGCUCCAGCGCCCUGUCGCACCCCAUUUGGCCAUCUAUAAAUGGCAGGUGCACUCAGUGAGCUCCGCCAUGGAGCGCAACACCGGUCUUCUUCUCUCGGGGGGCCUGUACCUCUUCGCGGCAUCUUACAUGGUCGCUCCCUGGCUUGGUUCGGAUCUUUCGUCGGCUACACUCGCUGCGAGCUUUGGGGCCCUGCCUGUAGCUGCCAAGCUCGGCAUGAAGUUCUUCUUCGCCUGGCCUUUUACUUUCCAUGCGUUCAAUGGCAUUCGAUAUGUCGUCUCGUCUGCUGGUUACACCUUGACCAGUAAGCAACAGAUUGUUAAGAUCGCAUGGGGAGUUGUCGCCUCGUCGGCGUUGGCUGCUAUCGGCUUGGUGGCUUGGGUUUGA